UCAUGGAGCUCCAUCCUCCCACGCAGGUGGCGAUGGCGCCCGAGGCCCAGUACCCCUUCCCCACCGUGGAUGUGCCCGACCACGCCCACUACACCAUCGGCUCCGUCAUCCUGGUCAUCGGCAUCACUGGGAUGGUCGGGAACUUCCUGGUCAUUUACGCCUUCAGCCGGAGUCGCAGCCUGCGGACGCCAGCCAACAUGUUCAUCAUUAACCUGGCCAUCACAGACCUCCUGAUGUGCGUCACCCAGGCUCCCAUCUUCUUCACCACCAGCAUGAACAAGAGGUGGAUCUUUGGAGAGAAAGGCUGUGAGCUCUACGCUUUCUGUGGCGCUCUCUUCGGUAUCUGCUCCAUGAUCACCCUGACGGUGAUCGCGAUCGACCGCUACUUCGUCAUCACCCGACCUCUGACCUCCAUCGGCGUGUUGUCACGGAAACGGGCCCUGGUCAUCCUCGUGACGGCCUGGGCCUACUCGCUGGGCUGGAGCCUGCCGCCAUUCUUCGGCUGGAGCGCCUACGUCCCCGAGGGUCUUCUGACUUCCUGUACGUGGGACUACAUGACCUUCACCCCGUCGGUGCGAGCGUACACCAUGCUGCUCUUCAUCUUCGUCUUCUUCCUGCCGCUCUUCAUCAUCAUCUACUGCUACGUCUUUAUCUUCCGGGCCAUCCGCAGCACCAACCAGGCGGUGGGGAAGAUUAACGGCAGCAUCCACAGUCACAGUAACUCCCGGGACUCGGUGAAGAGCCUCAGCCGGCUGCAGAACGAGUGGAAGAUGGCGAAGAUCGCUCUGAUCGUCAUCCUGCUCUACGUCAUCUCCUGGUCGCCCUACUCCACCGUCGCCCUCACCGCCUUCGCUGGAUACGCAGACAUGUUGACUCCCUACAUGAACUCUGUGCCGGCCGUCAUCGCUAAGGCCUCCGCCAUCCACAACCCCAUCAUUUACGCCAUCACACACCCAAAGUACAGGAUAGCGUUGGCCAAGUACAUCCCCUUCCUGGGCGUCUUACUGUGUGUCCACCCCCGCGACCUUCGCUCGGCCAGCAGCAGCUUCAUGUCCACUCGCCGCUCCACGGUCACCAGCCAGACGUCCGACAUCAGCAGCCACUUCAGGAGGCACAGCACCACCAAGUCCCGCCUGUCCUCCGCCUCCGACAGCGAAUCGGGUCUGACAGACACCGAGGCCGACCUGUCCAGCAUGAGCUCCAGACCGGCCAGCCGCCAGGUCUCCUGUGACAUCAGCAGAGACACCGCCGAGCUACCGGACUUCAAACCCUCGUCCAGCUUCAAAUCUAAGAUGAAGAGUCACGACUCGGGCAUCUUUGAAAAGUCAUCCUUUGAUGCUGAUCUCUCCACAGCAGGAGUCAGUGAACGCAGCAGCAGCGGCGGAGACUUCGCUGACGGACACAUGAUGAGAGGCGCGAUUGGUCGAAUCCCGAGCAUCGUCAUCACCUCUGAGACCAGCAGCUUCCUUCCCAUUGGUCGAAAUAGCUCCCGCACAACGCGACCCAAGACGACCAAUGGCAGCACGGGGGCGGGGCCAGCAUAGAGCCACGCCCCCUCCCAUGAAGCUCAGAAACAAAUCAUCAGAGGAGCAGAUUUAACAUUUUGUACCUCGUUUCUCCACGGUUCUUGUUCCAGAUUUAUACGGAGAUCCUCAUGUGUUGAGAACGAGCUUCUGACUUUUUUAAACCAAUGAAAUAACUUCUUAUAGAGCAACUUAAUAGCAGGUAAUAUAGGCGACACCUUCAGAGGUUUCUUCGUAAACAUGAUUCAAAACAUCCUUAAAGUAGAUGAAGAACCCGAUAAACAGAAAUAUGAGACUAGAAUGAGUGAACGUUGAGGUCAGAGAGGAGCCAGAGUCCAUGUGGAUCCUUUUCUGGUUUAGUUUCUAUAAAUCAGUCUCCAUCUUAUCACGUUCUCUGGUGGAAACAUCUAGAUACAUGUCAGUUUGUUCUAAUGUCCUCUAUAAUAUAAAGGCACCGCUGGGAUUUGAACCCAGGAUCUCCUGUUUACUAGACAGGUGCUUUGACCAACUAAGCCACGGCGCCUCUCUGAUCCUCUCAUUGUACAAAAGUGAAGCCAAAGUGUUGCAGAGCCAGGAGCUGUCAUCUUGUUUAAGAGACGUCAGUUUGACCCAGACGACGUUUCUCUAGUUCGAUCUGAAACUUCAGACUUGAAGUGUGUGAUGACAACAGAUGAAAGGAGCUUUUUGAGGAGCUCAGAAAAAGAGUUGUUGUUGCUCAUCAGGCUGGAAAAGGUUCCACAACCAUCUGUAAAGAGUCUGGAAGCCACAA